AUGUCACGAAAAUGCCUAGUAAUAUUGAUCUACCUGCUCCUUCUCGAGUUCCGCCAACUCGCCGGUCAAAUCGGUCAACCCGGUCAGGCUCCCGGUCAAGUUCCGCUAUCUCCAGGCUACCAGCAACCUCUCGAGCCCAUCAAAAAUAUUCUCCAGGGCUCCUACGCCAACAACAUCACACUCUACUACCGUAAUUCACCGUAUCGUGUACAGGGUGGCGAUCUUACUGUAGAGUACGGUGUGACGAUGGAAAUUGAGACGGGCACGAGGAUUUAUUUUGAUACGGGGACGGGGCUGAUUGUUAAAGGAACAUUGAGGGCUGUGGUGAGUUGCGGGUGACCUACAGUACCCUGGGGACCAUUUUAAUCAAAAAAUUCGGAAAAAUUGGGUUCUGGGGAUUUUUUCAGCGCGAAAUUUGGAGCAUUUUGAGCUACAGUAACCCUGGGGACCAUUUCAAUUAGAAAAUUCAGAAAAUUCGGGUUCUGGGGAUUUUUUCGGCUCGAAAUUUGGAGCAUUUUGAGCUACAGUAACCCCUAAAGGUACUGUAGCUCAAAUUUCCCGCCAAAAUCGACCUACAGUACCCUGCGGACCAUUUUAAUUGGAAAAUUCAGAAAAUUCUGAUUCUGGGUUUUUUUUCCACAAAAUUUGGAGCAUUUUGAGCUACAGUAACCCCUAAAGGUACUGUAGCUCAAAUUUCCCGCCUAAAUUGACCUACAGUACCCUGGGGACCUCAAAAUAAUCCAAAUUUUUCCAAAAUUUUUGCCACGUGGCAUCUCAAGAGUACUGUAGAUCAAAUUUGACGUCAAGAUCAAUUUUUCCCACAAAAAAAGGUUCAUAGCUGUAGCUCAAAAAAUUCCAAAUUUUUUGCCACGUGGCAUCCCAGGAGUACUGUAGCCCCAUAUUUUUCAGGGAAAUCAAUUCGCGCACAUCGAAAUGCUACCCUACCAACAACAAAUCAACUACGACUCGGAAAUGCCGAAAUUCAGGCUUGUCGACGGCCCGACAGUAAGACAGGGCCGACUUCAGGCCCAAUUUCGAGACCGUUGGCGAAGUGUGUGUACUAUGGUCACAAAUUGGACGGCUAUUGAUACGGGAGUGGCGUGUCGGAGUAUGGGAUAUAGUGAUGGAGGUGGGUUGGGAGAGGGGGAGGGGCAGACGACGAGAGAGAGUGGGUUAGAGACGUAGAGGAGACGAUUUGGAGCAUUUUGAUAUCAAAUAUGACUAGGUUUGGGAGAGGGGGAGAGACGCAGAGUGGGUUAGAGACGCAGAGAAGCUAGAGACGCAGAGUUUUUUGGUUAACAUGAGCAAUACCUAAAAAUUGAGCGAAAUUCGAUAAAAAUGAGCAGAAAAACUGAAAAUUUAUCAAUAAUUUUUUUUUCUGGAGAUAAUCCGGAUUUCCGCCGGAUUUGUGGGAAGAAUUUAUCAUAAUUUUUUUCUGAAAAAUAAAAAAAUCUAGAUUUUUGGGGUUUCGAAGAGAUAGCUAGAGAAGCCAGAGUGGUUAGAGACGCAGAGGGAGCUGGGCAGCUAGAUAGUUAGAGAACACAGAGGUUUGAGAGACAGCUAGAGAAGCUAGACAGCUAGAAAGUGGAGAUAUGUUAGAGAUACAGAGAGGUUAGACAGCGAGAGAGCAUAGACGCAAAGAAAUCUAGAAAGUUAAAAGCUAGACAGCUAGAGAACAUCAUCAAAUAAAAGAGGCAAAAAAACAUAGAGAAUAGAGAGGUUAGAGACGCAGAGGAAUCUAGAAAUUUAGAUGCUAGACAACCAGAGAACGUCAUCAAAUAAAAUAAUCAAGAACCAUAGAGUAUAGGGAGGUUAGAUACGCAGAGGAAUCUAGUAAGAUUGAAGCUAGACAGCUAGAGAGUGCAGACAUGCAGAGGAACAAUAUGAUACCCAAGCUAGACAGCUAGAGAACAUUAGAAAAUAUAGGUCAGAGACGCAGAGAAGCUAGACAGCUAGAGUGUGCAGACAAGCAGAGGAACAAUGGACACCCAGGCUAGACAGCUAGAGAACACUAAAUAAUAUUGGUUAGAGACGCAGAGUAGCUAGACAGCUAGAGAGUGCAAGCAUUCAGAGUAUAUAGUAGAAUACCCAGGCUAGACAACUAGAGAACACUAGAAACAACAGGUUAGAGAUGCAGAGAAGCUAGUGUCAGUGUGAGACAACUAGAGACUGCAGACACGUAGGGUAUAUGGUAGGAUACGCAAGCUAGGCAUCUAGAAAACCAUUAGAAACCAUUGGUUAGAGACGCAGAGGCAGCUGAACAAAGCGUGUCCAGAUGUCAGAAUCAAACAACUAGAAAGUACAGACAUACAGAUAAGCUAGAGUGCAGACAACCAGAGACAACCCCCAAACUUCUUGCAGGUUUCUGGAAAUGGUUCCGCCGCAACAACGACACCUACCCCUUCGUCAUGCCCCAACCCGACUGCCACCACGGCGCUCAAAACCUCUGGGACUGCCCCGCCUUCUCGAACCCCGACACAAUCCGUCUCUCCGAAAACCUAUGCCAAGGCGAAGAUGACAUCGGCAUCUACUGCUGGGGUCCACCAAGUUUCACCGGUUGGGCGAGACAUUGGAAGGGCGUGCAGAUCUACGACUCGCCUUUCCACUAUGUGCACAGUGACCCGGAUAUGGUGGCUGUGCACAAGCAGAGCAACAGUCGACUCGAGUUUGUGGAUAUCCUGUAUGCUGGAUAUGACGGGGUGACCAGGAACACAACAAGCGCCCUGUAUAUCCAGGGUGUUGCACCAAUCAUGAAUGGGCUGCGGAUAGAGCAUAGCGCCAGGGAUGGUCUGCAGCUCUAUGACGUCACCGGGCCUGUGCUGAUUGCCAACUCGACAUUCUCAUUCAACAGGGGGAGAGGGGUUAUGGUCGACAACACGACAGAUGGGCGGGUUUAUUUGAAUAACUCCAGGAUUGAUGGAAAUUGGGGGGAUGGAGUGUGGUAUAAGCAGAAGCGGGGAGUGAAUCUGAUGACAUAUGGGAUCAGGGAGCGGCGGAGUAUCGGCGGAAAGGUUGCGGAAGAUCGACCGCGGAUCGACAUGUGUCAAGAGCAUCAUGUACCCAAGGAUCAGUUCUUCCCCCAUCUCAUUGUCGCCACGUUGCGCAACAAGACAUUUCUGGACCCCGCGCAGCCGACGCCGUGUUGGAUGAGUAUCUCACUGCCCCCGAGACUUCCCUACACUUAUAGUCUGCAAUGGUUGUAUAUCAGCGAUCGGAAUGAGGCGGAAACGACGCGGACGAGUAUUGUGAUAUGUGACGCGGAAGAGAAUGCGUGUGGUGUGGAGAGGUUGCGGGUUCCCAUAAGGAGCGGGGUUUAUCCGCAGAGUGUGGCGUUGAAGUGAGUUUUUUUUGGAGGGAGCGGAAGGUUGCGGAAGGUUGCGGAACCUACACUUGAGGGAUUCUGGGUAGCUAGAGAAGUUAGAUACCGAGCGCUCUGCGCGAGUGUAGACCGGAAUAUUCCGCGCAGCGGCCGGGCCCAAGCCUAGGUUUGGUCUAGCAUUCUGAGCCUAAGCCCGAGCGCUCUGCGCGAGUGUAAACCGGAAGGUUCCGCGCAGCGGCUAGUCUUGGAUUUAGCUCAGACGACCUUAGCCUUAACAUGAGCAAUGCCUGAAUUUCUAAUUUAUUAUGAGCGGGAGUUCAAAUUUUUUGCAAAAAUCAUCAAAUGCGCUCUACUGAACAAUUUGUUUUCCAUCAGAAAAUUCAAAUUUUCAGUCAAAAAUUCAAGUGCGCUCUAAUGCAAAUUUGGCGGUUUUUGGUGGGGGGAAAUUCAAAUUUUUAGCUUGAAAAUAAAGCAAGUGCGCUCCACUGAUAAUUGGCUCGGGAAAAUUCAAAAAUUUUCAAGUUUACUGUCGGCCGGGCCCAAGCCCAGGUUUGGUCCAGAAGCCCAAGCCUAAGUUCGAGCGCUCUGCGCGAGUGUAGACCGGAAGCUUCCGCGCAGCGGCCGGGCCCAAGUCCAGGUUUGGUCUAGAAUCCCGAGCCUGACCAGAGGCUUAGGCUUACCAAAAGGCUUAGGCUUAACCAAAGACUUAGGCUUACUUGUAAGCUAAGCAAGUUUAAUAUGAGCAAGGCCCCGAGCGCUCUGCGCGAGUGUAGGCCGCAAGCUUCCGCGUAGCGGCCGGGCCCAAGCCCAGGUUUGGUCUAGAAGCCUGAGCAAGACCCCGAGCGCUCUGCGCGAGUGUAGACCGCAAGCUUCCGCGAAGCGGCACUAUCUACCGCGCAGCGGCUGAACCCCAGCCUAUUCUCAGGCUGGGAUUCAGCCGCUGCCCGGCUCAACCCCAUACAUUUUUUUCCAGAAGUUCCGGCGUGCCCCUCUACAUCGCCCUCGAACACACUCUCCCCGACGCCCAACCCGGCUACGUUCAAGCCGACAUCAACAUCCUAUUCAACAUCCACGCCUCAGUCAUCGACAAAGCCUAUUACGGUCUGAAUGUCUCCACCUGCAUCAUCAACGACAACAUCGGAAAUGGUAUCGCCGCCUAUGACAUCAGGGAACGCACCGCUCUCACAAAUGUGACACUGGACGCAAAUCAAGGCUACGCUGGCUUCUAUGUGAAAGACGGUGCAGCGGAUAUUUGGGUGAAUGAGACGAGGAUUUUGCGGAACUGGGGAGACGGGAUGAAUGUUAGCUAUGCUGGUGGAGCUGUCAUGGUGAAUGGCACCAGAAUCGAGAAAAAUCGCUGGCGCGGCGCGGCUUUCCACUUCAAUCAGACAAUUCCCUUUUUCCCCGUCCACCAGGAGAUCGUGUUCAAGGGUCGACCAUCGAACAACAUGUUCUAUCUCCCAACGACAGUGUCGGGUAAUGAAUGGGGAGGGAUACUGGUGGGGAAUUUUUCGUGGGGCUUCCCGGGCUUCCCAAGCCCCCGGGAAGCCUUCCCCAGGCCCCGGGUCGAGCCCAAGAUCCUCAUCAGCUGGGUCGAAUUCAGCCGAAAUCUCUACCACCCGGCACUCGAGAUCUUCUCAUGUCGAGAUCCCUCGGCUCCCAAGACAUAUGUGGAUGUCACCGGCAACAAGAUCGAGGGAAAUCUGGGGUAUGGCCUGAGAAUCUCACCGGCAGUCAACAUCCAGGCUGUGAUCUCGAGCAAUCAAUUCCUGAACAACAACGAUACGGCGCUCUACAUCAGGAACGCACAAUGGCCCGAGCUCUCAGCACUCCCCGCCGAUGUUACGAUAUCCAAGAAUGCUUUUAAAUUCAAUCAUGCCAAGUAUAUCAUCUCACUGGGGCUCAAUGAAGAUGCUCCGAAUCAGGGGCUCAUUUUCAAUCAGCAGAAUGAGAUCCGCGCGAAUCAGGUGUUCGAUCCUUUUCCGAACUUGCCACCAAGAUCUACACCCUAUGCAGCGUUGGUUGUGUCAAGCAGUAAUGUUCGCAUCCAUCGGAACUGUUUUAAAAAUGAGCACGCGAGGUUUGAGAUUGGCACGGAGCUCGAGGAACACGCGAAGAUCAUCGAUGCCAGGGAGAAUAACUGGGGUUCACCCGUUAUUGCCGAAUUCAUCGACAAGGUUUUCGAUCAAUUCAACAGGUAUUCCCUGGCUCGCAUCGACAUCGAUCCAUUUAUGGCGGUGUGUAAUCAACGGGUCCCACACAUCACUCCGCAGAACGAGGUGUUCCGCAAGUUCCGCAAGGAUUCCGAAGCGAAGCGGCUUGGCGGGAUGAUUUAUGAGAAUCAUGAUUUGAUGCGUGGAAGGUAUGAGGUGGUGGAGGAUUUGCAGGUUGUCCCUGGCGCGAAGUUGACCAUAGCGUCUGGAAGUGUUCUAGAGUUCCAGCAUGGUAUAGGGAUGCUUGUGCAAGGAGAUCUGAUAAGAAAUGAGUUCGAGAGUGAUGAUCAGGUCAUCUUCACAAGUGCCCCCUUCUCCCUGAUGUCCAGAACCAACAUCAGAUUGGUAGAUCCGGAUGGUAAUGAUCAGGUCACCGAGGGUCGGCUCGAAGUCUACCUCGACAAUCAAUGGGGCACGGUGUGCAAUCGAUCUUGGACCCCGGAACUCACAAUUCUAGCCUGUAACCAGCUGGGAUUGAUAGCCGAUGUGCAGUAUUUCGAGAACUGGAGAAUAUUCCCGACGGCUGGCGAUCUGCCAAUGAUUAUGGACAAUAUUCGAUGUGAGGAGAAUGAGAUUGACAUCACGAGAUGUCGACAUGACGGGGUUGAGAGGAAUUGUGCGGCGGGGUGUAGAUCAAGUGAAGUUGUUGGAUUACGGUGCUUGGAGCCGAGGUGGGCUGGGGUGAGAUAUUCGUUGCUGGCGAAUCCGCCGACUGUGACCGGACAGACGACGAUGGAUAAUUGGUUGAUUGAGAAGGCGGGGUUGUUCAAUUUUAGGUGAGUUGGGGGGGGGGUUAAUAUGAGCAGUCGCUCAGUAAACCGGAAUCUUCCAGCUAGGCCUAGCUUAGAUUAAGCUCAGGUGACCUUAACAUGAGCAAUCCCGAGCGCUCUGAGCGAGUGUAGACCUCAGAUCCUUAACAUGAGCAAUGCCUGAAUUCCUUGUUUAACAUGAGCGGAAAUUCAAAUUUUUAGCAAAAAUCAUAAAAUGCGCUCUACCGAACUAUCGCCUUCUGCAGUCUAAAAUUCAAAAUUUCAGUUGAAAAUCGCAAGUGCGCUCUACUGAACACUAGGUUUUUCAUAAGAAAAAUUCAAAUUUUUAGUCAAAAAAGCAAGUGCGCUCUAAUGCAAACUUUGUGUUUAUGUAUGAAAUUCGAAUUUUUAGCUCGAAAAUAGCAAAUGCGCUCCACUGAUAAUUGAAACCAAGUAGUUUAAUAUGAGCAAUGCCUAGAAUUUCUAGUCUAAUAUGAGCAAUGUCUUUUGCCACGUGGCAAAUCUGGAAUUUUGUGGAGUUGGAAAUUCUAAGAAAAUAAUCCGGCUCAUCAAAAAAAAUUUGAACCAAUUUUUUUGUGAAAAUUUUGAAACAGUAAAUUUUCUGGAAAAUUAAUUUCGGGUUUUUUUUUUGAAAAUUUCUUCUCAACUUAGCCUAAAUCCUGUAAGGUUCUAAGGCAAAAAUCCAAUUUUUCAGUGAAUUUUGCCACGUGGAAAAUCUGGAGUUUUUGGGGUCAAGUCUAGGGUUACUGUAGCUCAAAAUGCUCCGAAUUUUGAUGCCGAAAAUCUAGGAUUACUGUAGGCAUCAAAAUCUAGAGUUACUGUAGCUCAAAAUGCUCCAAAUUUUUUCAGAACUUCCGAAUUCUGCGCGGCCUUCUCCAUCGACUGGAAUUAUCACACUUUCAAUCGCCUCGAAAUCCGAAAUAAUUUCUGGGAUGGAAUGGAUAUAAUCUACAAUGAUCUCAUCAAAAAACCAGCUAUAAGACAUUCGAAAAUCAUCAAUAAUCGAAGAAAUGGAAUACAUAUCAGAUCAGCUGGAAUAACUAUCGAAAAUGUGACGAUUUCUGAAAAUGGUCAAAGUGGAAUGCGAUACAAUCCAAAGAUCUCAUCGCUAGGUCAAAAUGAUAUUGUAACAUGGCUAGAUAUGACUGAACAACCCGAACUUGAAGCCAACAACAUCUUCGAAAUCCCAAAUCGAGAUCUGGAUUUCAUCGAAGUCCUCGAAUCAAAUCUAAAUCAGCGCAAGUUCCUGGUUGCUAAAUCGAACCUGGAUUGUCCUGAGAAUCCCAAAGAUCUUUGUGUUUAUAAUCUGAUGAUUCGAGCCAGUGGAUUCGAGUAUGGUAUGAGUUCGAAGAUGGCGGUGCAGAUUGUGAAUCCGGCGUCGAAUGUUAGCGAUGAGGAUGCCGUGUUUACGGAGGUGUCGACGGGAAAGACAUGGAGUGUGAGGAAGGAUCAGGUUGAGGUGAGUGGCCUUUGGGUAAGCCUAAGCAAUAGGCUUAGCCUAAGCCUGAGUCUAGCCCAGCCGCUUCGCGGAAGCUAGUGCCGCUUACGCGGAAGCUUCCGGGUUACACUCGCGCAGAGCGCUCGGGCUAAAGCUCAGGCUUCUAGACUAAAGCCUGGGCUUAAGCCUAUGCCUUUGGUUAAGCCUAAGCCUUUGGUUAAGCCUAUGGGUAAGCCUAAGCUUUAGGCUUUGCCUAAGCCUGCGUCUAGCCCGGCCGCUACGCGGAAGCUAGUGCCGCUUACGCGGAAGCUUCCGGUUUAGAUUUUUCGUUUUGCAGUUCCCAAUUGUGUCAACUCGAAACGAGAUGCGAAUGCGAUACACCAGAUCCUACGGCACUCCGAAACUCGUCAUUCUGAUUCUGUUUUUGGACAGUAAGUUUGAGAAUUUUAUUGUCAGUAGAGCGCAUUUGCUAAUUUCAACUGAAAAUUCGAAUUUUCCCAUUGAAAAUCAGGGGUUCAAUAGAGCGCAUUUGCUAUUUUCAACUGAAAAUUUGAAUUUUCCACAAAAACACCACAUUUACAUCAGAGCGCACUUGCUAUUUCUCAACUGAAAUUUGAAUUUUCCGAUUGAAAACCAGGUGUUCAAUAGAGCACACUUGCUAUUUUUAAGCUAAAAAUUUGAAUUUUGGACAUCAAAUGCCUCUCAAGAAGCCGUGCCUUGAGAAUAAGCCUGUCAAGGAGUCGCGCCUUGAGAAAAAAAACCUGGCAAGCAGCUGAGCCUUGAGAACAUGUUGGUCAAGCAGCUGAGCCUUGAGAAUAAGCCUGGUAAGCAGCUGAGCCUUGAGAAUAAGCCUGUCAAGCAGCCACGCCUUUAGAAAAAGCCUGGCAAGCAGCUGACCCUUGAGAACAAGCAUCUCAAGCAGCCGUGCCUUCAGGAAAAGCCUGGCAAGGAGUCGCGCCUUGAAAACAUGUUGGUCAAGUAGUCGUCCCUUGAGAAUAAUUUUGUCAAGCAGUCGAGCCUAGAGAAUGAGCCUGUCAAGCAUCUGCGCCUUCUCCCCCCCCUCCUCUCAAAUCUCCAAUUUUUGCAGCCCAAGAAUACCUGGACCGCUUCAUCCACAUCUACAAAUCGCGCAUCGACAACAAUCAAUACGGCAUCUCCACCGUCCACUACAGUAAUCUCACAUUUUCCGACGGUUCGCUCUCAAAUCGCUGGCAAAACGAGAAAAUCUGGAUGCAAAAAGUGAACUUCACACGCAAUUCCGAAGCGGUGAUAUGGAUCAACUCCCCACAAUUCCAAGUUCUACCGAACACACCCACUUGUGAGAUCUUCUAUCAUUUGGAUAAUUGUAGUAUCAUCGAGAACACCGGGCCGAUUAUUGAAUAUCACAAAGAUCUUUUCGCCUCCGCUAAUGUUUUUAAAUGGAACUUAUGGUCAAAUACAUUUGCGAAUAAUUCGAGGAGCGGGAUUUCUGUACAACUCCCAGAUUCCUAUGACAUCCUAGCCAGGCCUAAAAUGAGCCAUGAAUUUCUGAUGACUGAAAAUCGUUUCGAGACCAAUCACGACUUCAAAAUCCUCGUCGAGGGAUACUAUGCUUUCCUAAACAUCUCAUCAAAUAACUUCACAUCGAAUCUGGCUCCAAGGAAUUUCGGGAUUCUAGAGCUGCGGGGUAUGGAGAAGAAAUUGAUCUUUGAAAGGAACCGGUUUUUCGAAAACUUCGGAAAUUGGAUGUUAAAGAUCGACACCACUUCUCAAUAUCUGCAGGACCCGUUAGAAAUCCCCGGGUUCGUCCGAUAUAAUUACUUGGAGAAGAACAGAUUCCUUGAGCCAUCGAGGAACGUGGAAUACGUGGAUAUGUGGCCUCGAAGUUAUGCUGUUGGGAUCUUUGGAAGUCAGAAGAUCAACAUACAUUUCAAUCGAUUUCAAAACAUCCUGAUGGAUUUUGAGUUGGUUUCGGGUUGCAAGUAUAGCACGGUGUAUGACACAAUGAAUGUGACGUAUAAUUGGUGGGGAACUGGAAAUGAGGCGACGAUUGCUCAACGAAUUUUCGAUUUCGACGAUUGGAACAUCUUCAUGCUCACCAAAUGGAGCCCCUUCUACGUCACCAACGAUUUGUUCAUCAAUUUCUGGUGGAAACCGUUGGUGGAUGGACAAUUGGCGGAAGCCGGGCCGUAUGUUGAGCCGACUAUUAGUGAUUUGAAGGGCCGUGUGUAUGAGGAUAAGAAUAUGACGUUGAUUGAGGAGAGGUGGUAUAAUUUUCCGCAUUAUUAUAGGGUGAGUUGAGGGAUUUUGUUUAAGCCUAAGCCUUUAGCUUAGGCUUAGGCUUCUAGACCGAAAACUGGGCCCGGCCGCUUCGCGGAGGAUAGUGCCGCUUCGCGGAAGCUUGCGGUCUACACUCGCGCAGAGCGCUCGGGGCAUUGCUCAUAUUAAACUAGCUAAGCCUUUGGUUAAGCCUAAGCCUUUGGCCUAAACUUCUAGGCUUGCGGUCAGACCCAAGCCUAGCCAGACUUGCGCAGACCUCUCGGGGCCUUAGGCUUAGGCUUCUAGACCAAAACCUGGGCCCGGCCGCUUCGCGGAGGAUAGUGCCGCUACGCGGAAGUUUGCGGUCUACACUCGCGCAGAGCGCUCGGGACAUUGCUCAUGUUAAACUAGAAAUUUAGGCAUUGCUCAUAUUAACCUAGGCAUUGCUCAUAUUAAACUAGAAAUUUAUACAUUGCUCAUACUAGAAAUUCCGUUUUUUUCAGAUAAUCCGAAAAAAAAAUCAUUUUUUUUUUUGAAAUUUAAAGACUCGAAAAUUAAAAAAAAUACAUUUUUUAUUGCAAAAAAAAUUCACUGUUUCAAAAAUUCAACAAAAAAUUUCUCGGAUAAUUGAAUUUUUUCGCUUUUUCAGCCAUUGCUCAUAUUAAACUAGAAAUUUAGGAAUUGCUCAUGUUAAGGAUAAGGUCAGCUGAGCUAAGCUUCUAGGCUUGCGGUUAGACCCAAGCCUAGCCCAGACUCGCGCAGAGCUCUCGGCCUUAGGCUUAGGCUUGUAGACCAGAACCUGGGCUUAGGCCCGGCCGCUUCGCGGAACAUAGUGCCGCUGCGCGGAAGCUUGCGGUCUACACUCGCGCAAAGCGCUCGGGACAUUGCUCAUAUUAACCUAUCAAAACUUCCCCCAACUCCGCAUCAUUUUCCAGCCAUUCCGUCCCUACUUCAUCUUCCGUGACGUCACCAUUAUGCCCGGAGCAACUCUUUACAUCCAACCGGGUGUCGAAGUGCACAUCUGGCCGAAUGUCCGAAUUUUGGUGUUGGGAAAUCUGAUCGCCGACGGAACCUAUUGGCAACCGAUACGAUUCAAACCGGUGAACACGACCGAGUUGGCGGAGUUCAAGGGCAGGAUUACGACGGAGUAUAGGAAGAGGCGGAAGAGGGAAGCGGCUCCAGAUUUCGGAUAUGUUCUAGAUGCUCCAGAAGCUUCUCCUGAACUUGUGGAACCUUCGAAAUCUUUCGAUGAAUUUUUCGGAUCUUCGGGAAGUUCUAGAGGACUUAUAAGAUCUUUUAGAGGAUCAGUAGAACCUCCAGGAACUUCUCAAGAACAUACAGAAUCUUCUCCAGGCUCUCACAGACUUCCAAGAGCAUCUGAAUCUGCUCCAGAAGCUCUACACUCACCAGGAACAUCUAGACGACUUCUAGGAUCUUCAGAAUCUGCUCCAGGACAUCCAGAAUCUUCUCCAGGAUCUCAAGAACCCCCUGGACAUCCAGGAGCCUCUCCAGAAUCUCUACACCCACCAGGAACAUCUAGAGGAUCUCGACAACCUUCAGGACAACUAGGAACAUCUAGAGGAUCUCGACAACCUUCAGGACGACCAGGAACAUCUAGAGGACUUCUGGAAGACUCUCAAGAACGACCAGGAGCUCCAGGAGCCUCCCCAGAAGCUCUUCACCCACCAGGAACAUCUAGAGGAUCUCAAGAGCCCCCUGAACCCCCCAGAUCUCCGCGCUCCCACCGUUCCACAGAUCGCAGUCGCCCCGACUCCAUCUACCGUCAAUUCCCCACCCUCCACCGCGACGAUCCCUACUACCAGCGAUUCUCGAUCUCCCUGAACCUCACCAACCCCGCCGAUCCUCGUGCCGGUUGGCUACAAAUCUACAACUCGACGACCGGCGAGAUCGUACCCUCGUGCGAUCAACAAUUCACAAUUCGAAAUGCGCAAGUGGUGUGUCGCGAGUUGGGUUUCGACACGAUGAAUGUGUAUCAUUGGGUGACGCCGCGGUGGGACUACAAACCCGAGUUGCGCAUCCUCAAGACCUAUAUGGAACCCAGGGAAUGUCGAGGGGAUGAGGAGCGACUGGAUCGGUGUAACUUGAGAUUAUCCGGGAAUCUAUCCCUCUGGCAGUGUAAGACCAGUGAAUUCUUCAACUAUAUCUAUUGCGGAAAGGCGCGGAGCUUGCGGAAAGAGUACAUCGGAAAUUGGGGUGGUGUCGCGUUCGGCGACGCGACUUUGGAAGGUGCGCGCACACCGGAAACCUCUCUGCUACGCAACGUGGAAAUUGUGGGCGGCGGUGCGGGCCAUAAUGAUAGUUGGGCCAGCGGUGGGCUUCAGAUAUUCCACCGUAGUCCCAUCCUGGAUCGGGUGAAUGUGACGAAUUCGAGUAUGGCGGGCGUGCAGAUUUUUGCACCCCGGAACAAGAUUGUGAUGGCGAAUCUGAAUGUGACGGAUAAUUUGGGACAGGGUGUGAAUAUUAUGACGGCUUUUGUGCAGGCACCCAAUGCGCAACAGGGUGAGUUUUUUAUAGUUUAAUAUGAGCAAUGCCUAGUUUAACAUGAGUAAUGGUGCAGUUUGACACCGAAUAUGACUAGGUUUGGUGGAGGGGCAGAGACGCAGAGAAGCUAGAGAGUAGACAAUACAGAGUGUGUUAGAGACGGAGAGGAGAGACAGACAGCCAGAGAUACCUGGGGAGAGACGCAGAGAGUUAGACUGCCAAAAAAAUACUAGGUUUGGUGGAGACGCAGAGUCGGUUAGAGACACACGGAGAGACAGACAGCUAGAGAUACCUGAGAGACUCGUCAGAGAAUGUAUAAAUUUGAGAGAUGUUGGACAGCUAGAUGAAGUUAGAGACGCAGAGUUUUUUUUUCAGUUUUCUGGUUCAAUAUGAGUAAUGCCUAGUUUAACAUGAGCAAUGCUAAAAUUUCCAAUUUUUGAGCUCAAAAAUCCACGUGGCAUCAAAAAAUGCUCCAAAAUGUUCCCCGGAAUCUCUGGAAACCUUAAAAAAUUCCCAGAACUCCAAUUUUUGAGCAAAAAAGUGCCACGUGGCUCUUGGGAAGCCCCCAGAAGCCUUGAGAAGCCUAGGCAAGCCCCCAGAAGCCUUUGGAAGCCUUGGGAAGCCUCGGGAAGCCUUGGAAAGCCUUGGGAAGCCUUGGGAAGCCCUGGGAAGCCUUCAGAAGCCCUCUAAAGCCUCUUGCAGCCCUCCCAAGCCCUCUAAAGCCUUGGGAACCCUGAAAAUCCCUCAAAAACGCUCCAAAUUCUUCCAGAAACCAUGCGUCGCCCUCUAACCCUUCCCUACUACACGCAAGGAAUGCUCGACAUGUGUGCCGCUCAAAAAUCGAUCACCGUCAAAAAUCGCAUAAUGCUCUACUACAAAUACGACUCCGUCCCCGUGGAUUGCGUCAAAAUUUUCCGCGCGGUUUCCGGCCGUCCAAUCGCGUUCCGCUUGAUCCAAUACCAUCUCUAUUCCUCGCCCACCGAUCUUGGAAGAUCCGAUGUUUUGCAGAUCUUCGGGGCUGACACCUUCACAGGCACUUCGAAGCUUGCCGAGUUCCGUCAAGACCCUUCCAGAUCUUCCGAUCCUUCCAAACCGGUCUCAUCGGAAACGCUAGCAAUACAUCUUCGCGCAACCGCCGCUGACGGUAUCUACGGUUUCAUUGCGGAAGUGUCCGCGUUGCCAAGCACUCCGGAAGCGGAAAAUGUCGCGGAAGUUGUGAUUCGCAAUUCGAGAAUUGACCGGAAUGAUCGGGGUGCGAUUGAGUAUUCGAAUUGUGGUGAGAUGAGUCCACCAUUGGUCAUCGAGGAUAGUUCGAUGUCUUUUAAUGGAAUUCAUUUAUUCGGAAAUAUUUCGACAUCGAGUCAGGCGGUUCAAUUGAAUUUGCAUAACACGCUGGUGAGUUUUUGGGAGGUCUAGGUAACAGUUUCUAAGCUGUGUGUGUAUUUGUGUAGUUCUCCCGGACAAGUUUUUAUUUUAAAUAUUUAUUUUUAAGGUUCAAGUUAAGUGCGCUCUAAUGAUAAUGUAGUUUAUGCUUGUGUAGUUCUUUUGGACAAGUUUUGUUCCUUGAAUAGUUGAAUAGUUGUUUAAGUGCGCUCCAUUGAGAACAUAAAUAUUGAUUUUUCCAGAACUUUAAGUCUGUUAGGUUAAGUGCGCUCUACUGACAAUCUAUUUCUAAAAAUAUUUGUGUAGUUCUCCCGGACAAGUUUUUUUGAAUAUUGAUUUUUUAGGUUAAGUGCGCUCCAUUGAUAACCUAGUUCCCUUAAUUAUGAGUUUUGUAGUUCUCCCGAACAAGUUCAAAUGCGCUCUACUAGAGCGGCUCUAGUGAUAAAAAUGCAGUUGAAAAUUCAAAUGCGCCCUAUUGAGAACCACCCGCCAACUCUUCAAAAUUCAAAUUUUCAUUUUUUUUUCUGGGAGCUAAAAAUUCAAGUGCGCUCUAAUGAUAAGCCCACACACUUGGCAAUUAGAAAAAACUUUGUAGUUCUCUCGGACUAUAUAAUAAAGUAAGUGCGCUCCACUGCAAUUUUGAUAAUUGUCCACUAUAAAUUCCAAGUGCGCUCCAUAGAGAACAGCCCGGAAAAUUAAUAAAAUUCAAAAAAUCUCAAAAACCCGUGUAGUUCUUUUGGAAAAUGAUAGCUAUUUGAGUCAGUAAGUGCGCUCUAAUGACAAAAUCAAACUUCUAAUGUUCAAACGCGCUCUACUGAUAAUUUUGCGAUGAAAAUUCAAAUUUUCAAAUUUUCCUCUUCCAGCUCCUCCUGUUCCGCUCCAAUUCCCUGGCCCACAACCAGGGUGGUCUAUACAUCUCAGCCACCUCCAGUUCUCCAGUUGCCCGCCUUCAAGCUCUCGUCAAAAACUGUCUGUUCGCCUACAACUCGAACAGCACAACAAUAGCACUAGCCGGAAAUAAUUACCAAGUCGUCACUUUUCUCAACAACAUCAUCUCUCACAAUUAUGCACUAUUUCAUGAUACAGUAGUGUGUCAUGACGUGGCAAUCAAUAUGACAAAGAAUACGGUAUUCGAGAAUGUCGGGUUGCAUACUGUAGAUUUGCGGGGGAAUUCGAGGACGACUUCGGACAAGAACGUGUUUCAAUACAAUCAUUUCUAUGAGAAUUUGGCGCUGGGACAUGGACAUCAAUAUGUGGAAAUGUAUGGAUAUCAGCCGAUGCGGGAGAAUAACGAGUUCUUGAAUCGGCCCAGGAGGAGGAAACGGCAGGUUCUGACACAGCAGGGGAUUUCGUUCGAUUGGUGGACACAUGUCGACAACGAGACUACGCGAUACCGUUCGACUAUUGUGGCAGGUAAGGUUUUGAGCGGGAAAAAAUUUCUAGUUUAAUCUGAGCAAUGCCCAAAUUUCUAGUUUAAUAUGAGCAAUACCUAGGUUAAUAUGAGCAAUUUUGAAAAGGCGAAAAAUUUCAAUUAUCCGAAAAAAAGUCUAGUUUAAUAUGAGCAAUGCCUACAUGUCUAGUUUAAUAUGAGCAAUGCCUAAAUUUCUAGUUUAACAUGAGCAAUUCCUAAAUUUUUUGAUUAAUAUGAGCAAUGGCUUCAAUGGGAAAAUUCAAAUUUUUGGUUGAAAAAUUGCAAGUGCGCUCUAUAGAACACCUGGUUUUCAAUGGGAAAAUUCAAAUUUUUAAUUGAAAAUUGAAAAUGCGCUCUAUCGAACACUAGGUUUUUGUAGGGAGAAUUCAAAUUUUUAGUUGAAAAUUGAAAAUUCGCUCUAUCGAACACCUGGUUUUCAAUGGGAAAAUUCAAAUUUUUAGCUUGAAAAAUUGCAAAUUCGCUCUAUUGAACACUAGGUUUUCAAUGAGAAAAUUCAAAUUUUUAGUUGAAAAAUAGCAAUUGCGCUCUAUCGAACACUCUAUCGAGAAAAUUCAAAUUUUUAGUUGAAAAAUAGCAAUUGCGCUCUAUCGAACACUUUGUGGGAAGAAUUCAAAUUUUUAGUUGAAAAUAGAAAAUUCGCUCUAUUGAACACUAGGUUUUCAAGGGGAAAAUUCAAAUUUUUAGCUUGAAAAAUAGCAAGUGCGCUCUAUCGAACACCAGGUUUUUGUGGGAAGAAUUCAAAUUUUUAGCUUGAAAAAUUGCAAAUUCGCUCUAUCGAACACUAGGUUUUUGUAGGGAGAAUUCAAAUUUCCAGUAGAAAAUUGAAAAAAUUCAAAUUUUUCCCGAAAAAUCCCUCAAAUUCUUACAGGUUCCCCAAUGGAUGUGUUCCAUUUCAACACGUUCAACGAUCCCAAAAAUGACUACGAACUAACUUCAUCCAAACAAUCACAAUACGAGAUCGGAACAUCGUUGGACGCCCGCAAUAAUUACUGGGGCUACCCUGGAACCAUCGGAGUUGCCUCCGGAAAGAUCAGAGAUCAGGAGGAUUAUCCAUACCUUUCCAGAGUGAAUUACUCCCCCGUUCUUGAAUCCAACACCUCGCUGGUAGAAGGUGAUUGUCCCGCCGGAUGGUUCCAGGCCGGACAUCAAGAAUUCAAAUCCUGUUUUCUAUAUGUAGCGGCGGCUGUCACUUAUCAACACGCUGUCGAAUAUUGCGAAGAGCUCGACGCAUUUGUGCCGUAUCUCCGCGCGGAUGACGUGCGGCAAAAGCAACUUGCCAUGCGGAUCGAUGAGAUGGGUAGAGCCUUCAUUACGGAUGCGGAAAGAAUCGCCGCAUAUGGUGUGGAUGAUGAUGUAAAUGUUUGGAUCUCUAGUGUUCACGUGCCAUCGAUUCAAUGCGGAAGGCUUUCCGCGCGGACAAAUCGCAUCGGUACUGUGAAUUGCAAUCUGCUUUUGCCGUUUGUCUGCGAGAAGGGGACACAGCCUUACAGUGAGCCGAUUUUAUGGAGGAACGGGAUGGUGAUAUCGAUUGUGAUUGCGGGGAUCUCGCUGUUCUUGCUGAUCUUGUUGCUGAUCUGCUGGUGGAUCAAGAGUAGAUCUAGGAGAUCGGAGAGUCAUGUUGUACGACAGGCGAGUAUGAAGCUGCAGAAGAAACAUCAGGCUUCCACGAUCUAUGAGGCGACGCAUGAGAGUGCGCAUGCUAGCCUGGCAUCAAGAUCGAGAAGCUCUGCGCACUACACACGGCGGUCGCCCACGGAAACUGUGAGCACCUACGCGGACAUGCGGAAACCCUACGCGGAAACUUCGAACUAUACCUAUGCCGGGUACGGUAGCUCGGCGGGAUCUUCAAAUCCAUAUUCGGAAAUAUCGGAGACGACUGUGAAGAUGCGCGAUGAUUUGAGAUCGUGUAGCACGUGUACCGUGGAUUCUGGUAGGUUUGGGGGCUGCAGAAAAUGCGCCAGCAAAUCUUGAGCUACUUGAAAUGCGUCAGCGAAAUUCUGAGUAUUUUCUGUAGCUACGAAAUUCGCGUCAGCAAACUUCUAGGCUGAAAUUGCGCCAGUCAAGAGUCUAGGUAUUUUAGAGCCUACAGAAAAGACGCCAGCAAACUUCUAGGCUGAAAAUGCGUCAGUCAAGAGUUCAGGUAUUUUUAGAGCCUACAGAAAAGACGCCAGCAAACUUCCAGGCUAAAAAUGCGUCAGUCAAGAGUCUAGGUAUUUUUAGAGCCUACAGGAAAUGCGUCAGCAAAAUUCUGUGUAUUUUCUGUAGCUACAAAAUUCGCGUCAGCAAACUUCUAGGCUAAAAAUGUGUCAGUCAAGAGUCUAGGUAUUUUAGAGCCUGCAAAAUUUGCGUCAGCAAAUCUUGAACUACUUGAAGUGCGUCAGUCAAGAGUUUAGGUAUUUUUAGAGCCUACAGAAAAGACGCCAGCAAAUUUUGAGCUACUCAAAAUGCGUCAGCGUAACCCAGUUCAAACUUGGUAGAUCAAAAAUCAGAGCCGCGACGCGUGACCCCCCCCCCCCACGCAACGCGGGUUUCAGCCAACAAUUUUUCAUUUUCAAAAUUUCCAGGCUCCGAGCGAACAUCAACCGCCACCGAUAUGUCAGCCUCCUCCUACAGUACCACCUCAAUAUCCACCGUACAGAAUCAUCCGAUCCCACCAAUCAGAAGAUCAAACCACCAAAAUCCACCUUCAACUUCCACCAGAAGAUCAUAUCAUGUUAUCGAAACUUCCAUGUGA